GAGCGUAAUUUACACCGUUAGUCACAUACGAGUCACCUUGCUCACAGUAUAUUUUAGCAGUGAAUAUGAAAUAUUUUGUUCUUACUCUGGCCUUAUUUGGGGCUUCAACCCAAGGACAAGCGCCUCCAUGCACGGAAUCAUGUUGGCAGAGUUGUCCCAUCGAUCGCCGUUGUCCUGCUACAAAUUUGAAUACAGUGACCCUUCUAAGUCACCCGACAAACUGUAGCAAGUACAUUAGCUGUGAAAGUGGACAUGGAUGCGAGCGUGUUUGUCCUGCAGGACUUCAUUUCAAUGCAAAGGAAAUGAUCUGCGACUGGCCAGCGAGAGCAUGCUGUGACGCCUCACUGGGCUGCGGUUCCGAUGAUUGGGAUAGAAAUUGUUUGCCUCACGUUAGCUGCAUUGGUGUGUCUUCGGCGGAAACAGUUCUUCUGCCGCAUCCCACGUGCUCCAAGUUCUACAAGUGUGACCGGAAUGAAGCCUGCGAGUACGAUUGUCCACAAGGAUUGCACUUCAACAAACUCGACAAGGCUUGUGAUUGGCCUGCGAGAGCGUGUUGCGAUAAAACGAUUCCCUGCGACCAGCCGUGUAUCCCUGGAGUUACAUGCCCACCAGGUCCUGCUCCGGCCACAUCAACUUCCGCGCCAAUAACACCCGCCCCAACCACUAUUGCUUCGACAACUGUUGCUCCAACGACGUUGCCUCCAGGCGGUGACGAUUGCAACACUGGAUGUCCGGACUUCAACUGCCAUGUCGAUCUACGCUGCCUCAGCACCGUUUCGGAUGGAAAGGCAGUUCUCCUUUCUCAUUACAACUGUGGCAAGUUCUACAAGUGCAAGGACGGAUCGAACGUGGCUUGCGAGCUUGAUUGCCCACCAGGACUACACUUCAACGAAAGAAAGCUCGUAUGUGACUGGCCGUGGUUGGCAUGUUGCGAUCCCUCUGUCCAGUGUGUGCAGCCUUGUAUUCCUGGUUCAUGCUCGCCCAGCCUUGGUUAAGAGAAAUUAACGACAAUAGUCAACAAAAUAUUUCGCUAAUAAUAAAUAACAUAUAAAAGCACAUGCCGUUUAAAACAAGUA